AUGAGACCCCAAAAGGGAGACUCGAGGAACAGCAGCAGCACUGUGACUGAGUUCAUCCUUGUGGGCUUUGAGCAGAGCUCCCCUUCCACACGGGCAUUGCUCUUCACCCUCUUCCUGGCUCUCUACAGCCUCGCCAUGGCCAUGAAUGGCCUCAUCAUCUUCAUCACAUGGACUGACCCCAGGCUCAACAGCCCCAUGUACUUCUUCCUUGGACACCUGUCUUUCCUGGACAUCUGCUUCAUCACCACCACCAUCCCGCAGAUGUUGGUCCAUCUGGUGACCAAGAACCACGCUGUCUCCUUUGCCUCCUGUUUGACUCAGAUGUAUCUGGUUUUUGGUGUGGGUGUGGCUGAGUGUAUCCUCUUGGCUUUCAUGGCCUAUGAUCGUUAUGUUGCCAUCUGCCACCCAUUGAACUAUGCUCAGAUCAUGAGCCAGAAGGUGUGUAUCAGGCUGGUGUGUAGUUCCUGGAUCUUUGGGAUGGUCAACGGUAUCCUUCUUGAUUACAUGACAUUCCGAGGUCCGUUCUGCAGAGAAAACCACAUAGAGAACUUCUUCUGUGAGGCUCCCAUAGUGAUCGCUCUCUCCUGUGGGGACCCUGAGUUCAGUCUGAAGGUGAUCUUUAUGGAUGCCAUUGUGGUGUUGCUCAGUCCCAUGGUGCUCAUUGUCACUUCCUAUGCCCGCAUCCUGGCCUCCAUCCUCCGCAGGGCCUCCUCCUCAGGUAGGGGGAAGACAUUCUCCACAUGUGCCUCCCACCUGACUGUGGUUGUCUUUUUCUACACCUCAGCCAUGUUCUCUUACAUGAAUCCCCGCAGUACACAUGGGCCUGACAAAGACAAGCCUUUCUCUCUCCUCUACACCAUCAUCACCCCCAUGUGCAACCCGGUCAUCUACAGCUUCCGCAACAAGGAAAUGAAGGGGGCCAUGGGGCGGGCUCUUGGGAGAGGCAGCCUGGCUCAGGCAGAGUCUGUCUAG